AUGAUCUUCCUCCUGCUCCAAAUGGCUUCAAUCAUAAACCUCACCAUCAACUAUUCUGACAGCACCUUUGUCAAUGAAUCAACACAGAUGACUCCAACUCCCAAGUCAUCUGUGACAGAAGAACAGUUCUCACUUUCUGACAAAGAACAGGCAGCCUAUGAAGCAGGAAUGGAUGAUGAGGCCACUACAAGACUGCAAGAAGAAGAAGAUAGGUAUAGAGAUGAGAUAAUGGAAGAGCUAAAAUAUCAGGAGAGACUUAGGCAAUACACUGAAGAGGAAGCAGCACACCCCACACCCUCACCCCCUCACUCUCCUUCUCCCCCACCCCUAAUCUGUGAAGGAAACAAAGGAAUUAUCUUUCUAGACAGAGAAUUGUACCUUAGCACCCCUGUCACAUAUCUCAUGGGGCUCAUAGAGGGGUCACCAAGCACAGAGUUUGUCUUGGGACCCACCUGGCCAGAGAUACAGAGGGCACUAGAGAUUUUGGAGGAAGAAAGGGCUUUUGUACAACAUGCACAGAGCGCUUUACAGAUGCGAGAAGGGACCCUCAUUGCCCGCAUCAAUGCAGGGUCCGAGGGAGGUAUUCGGGAAGCUUUUGGGAGAUACCGAACAGCGCUCGACAAGUACCAAAGAUGCCGACUUGCACCGAACACGGUCGGUCCCUGCCCGACCAAUGACAAGCCACCAAAGGACAUUCGACAGCACUUGGGUCAGUUCGCCCACACUUCACGUACUCACCAUGGCCACACAGGAGUGUUACAAUAA